AUGGAGAUCCUCAUCGCCCCCGGCGAGCCACUGGGACAGGCGCAGAAGGAUGAGAUCGCCAAGGCCUUCAAGUUCCUCGCGCUGAAGUCCGACGGUGCCCGGCACCGGCAGCGCGAAGGACUACCGAUGAAGGUCUCGCGGGCGCUGGUGCCGCAGCUGCUGCGCGGCUGCGGCCGCGCGGUGAGCGAGAAGCAGCUGUCCGAGCUCAUGGGCUCGGUGGAGGAGGAGGGCAUUCUGCUGGAGGACUUCUACCGCCUCUACGAAGCGGCUGCGCAGGAACCGCUCCCCGACGAGCAGCAGCUCCUCUCCGCGCUGCGGGCGUUGGACGUGACGCGGAGCGGCGUGUUGGACGUGAAGACCAUCCAGACCAUCUUGUGCACCAUGGGGGAUCGCUUGCCGCAGUCCACGGUGGAUGAGAUUUUGACAGGCCUUCCGAAGGACGGCCUUGGGCGCGUGAGCUGCCAACGCUUGGUGCGGAAGCUCCUCAAGGGACCCGACCAGAUGCCGCACAUCGGUUGGUGUUAUGGAAAAGGCUUUGGAGCUGCCAAGAGACCACAAGACAUUGAUCAGAAAGCUUUGUCCUUGCACGCGGAUUGGGUCACCGCCGCCACCACUGGGCAAGGUCGCCGGCCAGCGAUGCCGGUGAACCAGACGGAGGAUGGAGGACGGAUGCGGCGCCACAGCAAGCGAGGGGCCGCCAUGGCCAUCCAGCAAGGCUCGGAUUGUCUAUGCGUGCUGCCGCCCCAGAGCAAUGUCCGUUUGGUCAUGUCCAUCGUGGGGCUCCUGGCGAUUACCUGGGACGUGGUUUUUAUCCCGGUGCAAGCCUUCGAGAGCGUGUCUCCGACCUUCCAAGAGGUCUUGCAGGUCGCGACGAUCCUGGUUUUUGGCUAUUGGAUCUUGGACUUUGUUCUUCAGUUCUUCAGUGCUCCAGACAACACCAACAACGCAAUGGACCUGAGGCUUAAAAAUGUGGCGCUGCUCUACGCGAGGAGCGGCUGGAUGUUCUUAGACUUGCUACUACUAGGCUUGGACAUCGGCCUCUUCUCGGCGGAGAUCCACAUCCGGAACCGCACCACCACCACGGGGCUCAACUCGGUGCGCCUCAUCCGGGUGCUGCGCCUGUUGAGGUUCUUCCGAUUGCUUCGACUGAGCCGCGUGCAAAAGACCUUGGUCUCGAUCCUCACGCGGUUCACCUCGGUGUACUUUUGGAUGGCCAUGCAGAUGAUGAAGGGCAUCGUCAUCAUCCUGGUGAUCAACCACUACGUCACGAUCGGUUGGUUGGUCUUGGGCGUGUACUACCCGGGUCACACCUGGUUGGAGGAGUUCCAGCUCGCGGACAAAGGCUUCUCCGAACAGUAUGUGUAUUCCUUCCACUGGGCCAUCGCACAGUCCCUUGGCUGCGACCUUCGACUCGGGGGUCCUUGUUUGGUGGAGCGGCCGAGCCGAGUCCAUGGUCUUUUGUCGCUGCUGUUGGUGAUGGGGCCCGGCUCAAAGCGGCGAAGAGACUUAUCUAGAGGCAUGAUGUCGGCGCCUGUCAGCAUGUGCUUUGGGGCUCUGGUGCUUUCCUUCGUGAUUUUCCUGCAGGGUUGUAACCAUCCUUCAAAGCCUGAGAGUACAGUAGCAAAGUAUAUUGGUGCCCAGUGCAACGUUUUGACCGGAGACUCCUGCAAUCCGGUGCAACUACCACUAUACGCUGGUGAGGACUACAAUCCACUUGGCCUAUUCAAUGUGACAGAUGAAGAAGUGAAAACAGACUACAUUGAGCACCGAGACGAGGGUACACGGGUGACUUUCUCGCAGAGCGUCUCUGAUAUUUCCACCCGGGAUGCGUGGGAUUUUGGUUUGUCCGGCCCACUUCCGCAACUGGGGCGCAUCUUCUCAGCUGGGGCAAAGUACCGCAGCUUGGCGCAGCAGAUGAGUGCGCACAGCUCUUCGAACUACUAUGCUGAGAGCUCUAGUAGGUACAUUGUAUACACAAAGCACUUGUCCCAGGAUGCCGGAGCACGCUUGGCAGAGUCCUUUCGCAAUGCAGUGAAGAAGCUUCCUGAAAAGCCCCGGAGUGAAGAGGACUUCACUCAAUGGUUCCUCUUCUUUGAAACCUAUGGCACGCACUACGUGAAGAGUGUGGCCUAUGGAGGGGAAAUGCGGCUUUCAGUCUUUUUCAAGUCUGAUGUUGAGAAGGAUGAGAACGUGAAGAAAUCCAAUUGGGAGUUCUAUUUGAGGGCUCUUUGGAAACGCCUGGCUGGAAUUAAGGUCUCGUUUGGUCAUGAACACAGCCAGCAGGAAUUCGACUCAUUCUCGCAGUACACCUUUCAACAGAAGUUCUAUGCCAUCGGUGGGGACGCGAGCAGCCACAAUUACACCCAAUGGCUGGCAAGCGUGAAGAAGAGCCCGGCACCCAUCAAGACAGAGUUGAAAUCCAUUGCGGAUUUCUUGCCGACCUCCAUUGAGUUGUUGAAGAUUUUGAACAGAUACUUUGAAACUUGUCCCAAUUCCGAGCUUGGGGUGUGCAACGGCUAUGGCCAGUGCAACUUCCAGGAGCGGAUCUGUGAAUGCAAUGCCGACACUGCGUACCAGGAGGAAGAUGGGAACUGCUACCCCAAGUGUCAGAACAACUGCAGUGGACACGGGCAAUGCGUGAAAGGCAUUUGCCAAUGCGACUUCAAGAAGGAGUAUAACAUGGGCUUUUGGUCACCUCCAGGCAAAGGCGCUUGCUCUGAGCCUUGUGGGCAGAAGGUCUAUGAUGUUGGCACCAACAGUGCUUUGUGUUGCCCAAGCCAACCAGGAUGCCUGUUCAUGGCAGUGCAAGACGAAGCUCCAGAUUGCUUUUGCCAAAAGAUGAUUCCAUUGGAUCAUGUGCAGGGCCAUGGAGAAAUCCAUGAUUUCUUUGUUGCUCCUACCACCUACUCAUGCAUGACCAAUGCCCAGCUUUGUUGGGGCAUUACAUGCCCCGUGUACCGGAAGGUCACUUGCAGUCAUGGCUCUGGGGUCGCAUGCCCCAACACGCCGAUGAAUGAAGCCUAUUCAUCGCAAGUGAUCAUUUGA